AUGGGUUCAGCUUUCUCCACUGUUCGAUGGGAAUCACCAACCGGAGGUAAAUUCCGCAUUUACUCGAGGUUUUACGAUGUGUAUGGAUUAGGAAACUGGAAACCUGUCGAAGUGCAAGAACGAAUCAUCCGUCAUCCGGCGUUCGAACGAGUCGGGGGAUGUCUCGUGAUGGUGGAAUUAAAGCCUAAUGGAACACACGAGAUCGAAUUUCGUAAAGAAAAACAAUGGACAGCUAAACAAGUCAAAUUUCUUGAUUGUGCUUUAGAUGGUCUGCUUGCGCCCUACCAUUGGUGGGGUUUGGUCAUCAUUCGACCGCACUUGAGAAUCGCAAAAGAAGCAGCCGAUAAGAUCGCUUCGGCCAAAUCCGUCGUUCCUACCGUACCCUCUCCUGCAUUUGUACCUGGACCUGCACCUCUACCAGCCACAGUCAAGGAGAAGGACACGAAAAAAGUCACAAUCUAUGAGGAGAAGGUCAUCGAUCCGCCAAAGAAAGCUGAUUCGGCACCUAAAGAAGUGAUCCCCAGCGACGCCAAGAAAAUCGAAGAGACAGUCACAGUUGAGAAAACCACUGAACUGGCGGUAAAGGAAGGAGGGAUACCUCAAGAUACACCAGGCGCUUCAUCGGGAGGGAAGAAGGGCAAAAAAAGGCUAAAGAAUGAGAUGUUUUAA